AAUGACACAUUGCUUUGGUUAGUAGUGUCGGCAGGUGUUUGGUAAAUAGUUGCCGUGGUUUUUCUGUUUGAAGUGUGUUGAUAAAGUGUGCGGAAUGGGUGUUGUUAUCAGGUCUUCAACUAUGAAGACGACAUUAAGCUUGGCAUUAGCCUUGCUCGCGGUUUGCGAAGCAGGAGUUACAACCAAGCAGUUCGGAUACGGCGUGGAAAUCCAUCACCCACCUCCCCACGGUCACGGAGGCCCCUAUGGGUCCGGCUACGCGGCAGGGCAUGGAUACGGUGGAAGCUACUCCAUGGCACGCAUGCACCAGGAAACCACACACCACGACCAUGAACCACACCACCAUGUGGUGUCCGCCGCAUCCCACCAUGCACCAUCGCUCUAUGUGGCGUCACCGUCGCACCACGACAUUGCCUAUCUUCACCACGGUGUCCCAGACUACCACCACAACGAGAUACCUCUGGCAGCCUACUAUAAACCGGCCUACCACAGCGAGGAACAUGAUGUUGUGGUUCAGAAAGCACCGUUGGUACACAGUCACCACGAGGAGAUUGUUCCUCAUCAUGUCACCGAACACCACGGUUUGGAACAGGUUCACCACCACAUCCCAGAACACCACAGCUUGGAACACCACGGUCUGGAGGGUCACCACAUCAACGCCCACAUUGAACACCAUGGUUCCCCCCAUCUGGAACACCACGGUAUCGAGGCACACCACGACGCCAUCCUUGUCACACCCACCCCUCUCUCAGGACCUACACACCUCCCUCUCCUCCAUGGACCUACCACACCUCUCCCCAGCCCUACCCCUAUCAUUCACCACCAUGGAGCAAUCACCCCCACUCCUCUCCCAUACGUGCACCACGAAUCAGCCACCCCAACCCCUCUGCCAGUCCUACACCAUCAUGAGGGAGUGACUCCUGCACCAUUCGUUUCUCAUCUCCAUGAAGGGGUAACCCCUGUCCCAUAUGUUUCCCAUGGGGCUACCCCUACUCCUCUACCAUACCUUCACCAUGAUGGUCCCACCCUUGCGCCGAUCAAGGGCGAGUUCCCGAUCAUAGGUGCUCCUCACCCUGUUGUCUCUCUCUCACAUCUGCCCAGCUCUUUCCAUCACACAGGAUACAGUGGCUCCGAAUACGCCAACUAUGCCCCGCACUACGAUCAUGAACAUCAUUCGUACCCGAAAUACGCUUUCAGCUACGGUGUGAACGACCCGCAUACGGGAGAUAUCAAGCAGCAAUACGAGGAACGCGACGGAGAUAAGGUUCGUGGAGGCUACAGUCUGGUAGAGCCCGACGGUUCGAUCCGUGUGGUGGAGUACACCGCGGAUGACCACAACGGUUUCAACGCAGUGGUGAAGAAGAUCGGCCCCUCGCACCACCUGCCCCUCACCGUGCACCACUCGGGACACACUAUGAGCCAGGACACCACCAUGAGGAGGUCUACCCCCACCCUCAUCCGGUGCCCGCUUACCAGCAUUACUACUACUAGGUGGUGAUCAAUGCAUGGAGGAGUAUGAAUGGUGAAUGACAAGUGGAUCAUAUAUGAGAACAGAGGAGACUUCGAUUUUGUUCGAAUCACUAGUCUUUAUCCAAGGAAACAUUUUCAAGGAAGAAGAUUUGAAGACAAGAAUUUGAAACUUGAAAUCAUGCUUCUCCAUUCUUUGAUGUAAUAAUCAACGUUUGUAUAUAACACCAAAGGCGUUUCAAUCAUGGUAGUUCAAACUCAUUUUGUAUAAUAUAUUUAUCAUGUAUUUUUCUACUCUCUGAAUGUAAAAAAUUAAUCUUUUUUAUAAAAUAAAUCUUUUUAUAAUUAA